AUGCAACAGUGGGAUCCAGUCUGGACCACGUGACUAUUGCCAAGCCUUUUGGCUUAGAGAAAAGCACGAGCCACUUCCUGAUAGUGGGCGAUAAGUUCCAACUCCCUUCCAGCUUCCUUUGAAAGAGGUUCCUCUGAUCGCCUUCUUCCUCCGAACAUCUACACCAGCAUUACCCUCGAGGACUACUUUGAUUUCCUCAAUGCGCAAAAUCCUUGCGCGAUAGUUUUAACCAGGACUACAGGGGAGGGGAGAGUCGCGAUCACCACCACGUCGCACAUAAUCAUGUCGACAGUCGACAGAUACCGGCCUCCUCGGGAGGGCUAUCAACCUCCAUCGCUACCGCCAAAGCCUCCUCCUGUCGAGCGUCUCUCAAAAUCACCAUCACGGAGACGUGAUAUUCCCCCUGCAGUGCCAUCUCCACCGACACAUAGCUCGAGAACAUCGCCGCCUCGACCACAGUCGCGUAGGAGCGCGCCCUCACCAGCACAAGCACAAUCGAGUCCACUUGCACCGAAAUCCCCUCGCGCAAACCAGUGGUUCUUCACCCCAGACGAGGUUCUGAGCACGCCAAGCAUCAUAGAUGGAUUGUCGCCGACUGAAGAACGGUUACGAAGAGCAAAGGGCGUCAACUUCAUCUAUCAGGCGGGAAUCCUACUCGACCUGCCCCAAAUCACCCUCUGGGUUGCCGCAGUAUUCUUCCAUCGGUUCUAUAUGCGCUUCAGCAUGGUCGAGGAGAAAUCCGGCAUCCAUCAUUACAACAUUGCCGCAACUUCGCUAUUCCUCGCAAACAAGACCGAGGAGAAUUGCCGGAAGACUAAGGAUCUCAUCAUUGCCGUUGCGAAAGUGGCACAAAAGAAUUCGAAACUCAUCAUCGAUGAACAGAGCAAGGAGUACUGGCGUUGGCGAGACAGCAUUCUGACCUACGAGGAACUGAUGCUCGAGACACUGACGUUCGAUCUCAUGGUCGAUAACCCUUACCAGCGCCUCUUCGACCACCUUCGGCGCCUGAACCUGGCCCACAAUAAACGCAUUCGAGAGGCGGCCUGGUCGUUUUGCAACGACGCGUGCCUGACGGCAUUGCCACUACUGAUGGGGGCGCGUGAUUUGUCCAUCAGUGCCAUCUUCUUUGCGACAUCUGUUACGCAGGAGAAGGUCGACGAUGUGGACGGUGAGGCGUGGUGGAAAUCGCUCAGGGCGAACGAGGAUCUGGUGAUCAAGGCUGUGGACAUCAUGGCGGACUUCUACACGGAGAACCCUCUGCGCAAGCAGCUCUCCACCUACCCUGGCUCACCUGUGUUCAGCCUCGAGAGCACUAGGCGGAGCGGAGAGGCGAUGAGCCACACGGAGGCUGAGUCCAGCCAUAACGGCACCCCCAUGGGGACGGACCGAGGCGCGCAAAGCCCUGGAGCCCGAGUUAAUGGGAAGGCGGCCCGUGACAACGAGGCUCCAAAUAGCGAGGCUCCGCACAGGGAGGCCCCUAAGGGGGAAGCCGGCCACGAGGCGAGUUCCGCAACCGACCAGGAGAGCGUUAGAGGCGACUCGGAUGUUGCUCUGAAGGCAGCCGCCAAUAAUCUAAGCGUCCACGAGGGACGACCGAACGGGAGUGACAUCCGUUCUCCAGGGAUGAAACGCAGUCAUCUUGAUCUCGAGCAAGAGUCCGAUGGCGGCGGGCAAUCGAAGCGGAUGCGGACCGAGGAUGAGGAUGAUGAGGAUGAAGGGGAGAUUCACUAAGCACGGAGCGUCUCACAGGUUCGUUUUUAUUCAGCCCUGUUCUUUUCCUUUCGACCUUGUCUCCUCUACGGCGGGUCCGGCGUUCGAGGGGCACGACUCUUCGAGAGCAGGCUUGGCUGGGAUUGUGGUCUUUUCCCGGCUUAUGCCAGAAUGUACACUUACGGCGCGAAGCGUUUAUUUGCGCACGUAACCGCG